UUGUGUUGUUAUGUAACCUACAGCUGUUUCAGUAGCUAAAUAGGAAACUAUUUAUUUUUCUCGCUUGUUGCAUGUGGUAAAGAUAAUAAGUAGGUUCAAAGUGUUUGUGAUCAGUUAAAUUUUCCUUUUGUAAAUAUGUCUGUAAGUUUGCGUUUGGUCACAAAAUCCCUUACCAAUUUGUUGCCACGAUGUGUUGGUGCGAGCCUACCCCAACAAGCCCGAGGAGCAGCAUAUUAUCCAAUCAACGAUAAAUUCUAUGGAUUAACUGAAGAACAGCAGAAGUUGCGAGAGAUUGCAUUCAACUUCUUUCAAAAGGAGCUUGCACCAUUUGCCAAGGAAAUUGACAAACGUGACGAAUUUAAAGAUUUACGAGCUUUCUGGAAGAAAAUGGGCGAUCUUGGCUUUUUAGGCAUCACCGCGGAACCGGAUUUCGGUGGCACUGGUGGUACUUACCUUGACCAUUGCAUUAUUAUGGAGGAAAUUUCUAGAGCUGCUGGCGGUGUUGCACUCUCCUACGGUGCACAUUCAAACCUGUGCGUUAAUCAAAUAACCAAAAAUGGUACAACUGCACAAAAAGAGCAGUAUUUACCUAAACUUUGCAGUGGCGAACAUAUUGGUGGAUUGGCAAUGUCGGAAACUAGCGCUGGUUCUGAUGUCGUUUCAAUGAAAUUGCGUGCCGAGAAGAAGGGUGAUUACUACGUAUUAAAUGGCAGUAAAUUUUGGAUUACCAAUGGCUCCGAUGCGAACACACUAGUUGUAUACGCGAAAACUAGAAGCGGCAUUGCCGACAAACAUGCUAUUACAGCAUUUAUAAUUGAAACCGCAUGGGAUGGUUUCAGCGUAGCACAAAAGCUUGACAAAUUGGGUAUGCGGGGCAGCAGUACUUGUGAAUUGGUAUUCCAAGACCUUAAAGUGCCAGUUAAGAAUAUCUUGGGCGAAGAGCAUAAGGGUGUAUAUGUGCUAAUGUCCGGUUUGGAUUAUGAACGAGCUGUGCUCGCGGCCGGUGCUGUGGGUCUCAUGCAAGCUGCAGUUGAUAUCUCUUUCGAUUAUGCCCAUCAGCGUAAACAAAAGGGUCAAAUUAUUGGCGAAUACCAACUAUUGCAGGGCAAAAUGGCCGAUAUGUAUACAACGUUAAGCGCUUGCCGUUCUUAUUUGUAUACUGUUGCGAGUGCUUGUGAUAAUGGCGAGCGUAGCUCCAAGGAUUGUGCUGGUGUUAUUUUAUAUUGUGCUGAGAAGGCCACGAAAGUAGCAUUGGAUGCAAUACAAAUACUAGGUGGUAAUGGUUAUAUCAAUGAUUAUCCAACUGGUCGCAUUAUGCGUGAUGCUAAGCUGUAUGAAAUCGGCGCAGGCACCUCAGAGAUUCGUCGUUGGCUGAUCGGUCGUCAAUUGAAUGAGGAAUACAAAUAGAGGAUUUUCGUAGACGUGGCUCGUGCUUCCGCUGUGACUUGUGCCUUAUGAAAGCUCAAUAUUUUUGAUUUUUCUGAACGAACAGACUAAUAAUUGCAUUUAUUUUUUAAAUACUUUUGUAUAUACAUAUGUACAUACCCUUGAUAUAUACUGAGUUGUAAACUCUGUAAGACUUAAAUAUUCAUAUAUACAUAUAUAAACGUACAUGUGGUGAA